CUCCCAGGAAUCCAGAUUUGACAGACAAGCUUGCCUGACAAGCACUACCUUGACAAUCUCCAACCACUUUCCUGGUUUAUUCAUCUUCCCGAAGCUUGCUUUAUCUGCUGGUCCAUUCUUGCCAAGCGAUCUUGGCUGUUUUGGAUUGAGUUGACGAGUAGUUUUCGUAGCGGUUAGCAGUUUUCUAUUCUCUAUCAGUCAGCGUCAUGGCGACUGGAUGGCUCCGUGGCCGCGUAAAGGCCGUCACCUCCGGUGAUUGCCUGGUCAUCAUGGGAAACGUCAAGUCGGGUCCUCCUCCUGAAAAGACAUUGACGCUCGCAUCGCUCAUCGCUCCCAAGAUGGCUCGCAGAGAUGGCCGCGACGAGCCGUUUGCGUGGGAGAGCCGCGAGUUCCUCCGCAAGAAGUGUAUCGGCCAGGAAGUGGUGUUCAAGGUGGACUACGCGGUUCCCAGCAUUCAUCGCGAAUUCGGCAAUGUGUUUAUGGGCGAUACUAACAUCGCGCUGGCGAUCGUGCAAGCCGGCUGGGCUCGGGUGCGGCCGCAAGUGGGUAGCAGCACUGACGUGAGCCCGUAUCUGGAGCAGCUGCUCAAGGCGGAAGAGGCAGCCAAGGCCGAGGAGCUCGGAAUCUGGACCAAGGUGCCAGGAGCAGCAGAGGCAGCGAUCCGCGACCUCCCCCCCUCGGGGGUGGGGCAGGACACGGGGUUCGACGCGCACGCGCUGCUGGAGCAGAACAAGGGGCUCACGCUGGCGGCCAUAGUGGAGCAAGUGCGCGACGGCAGCACUGUGCGCGUGAUGCUGCUGCCUUCCUUCCACUACGUCCAAGUCUACCUCGCCGGUGUCCAGUGCCCAUCUGUAGGCAGGCGCCCGUUUGUGGACUCCACGGCUGCUACAGCAGCAGCAGAUGCAGCAGGCAAUGGCGUGGGCGCUCUCUCUCUCGAGGAGGGAAGCACCGAGGAAGCAGCAGCAGCGGCAGCAGGAGGUGCUCCCAGUGCGGCCCAGCGCCUGGCUGCGUCGGCUGCAGCGGCCGAGCAGAAGGAGAGUGGGGCAGAGCCGUUCGCCCUGGAGGCCAAGCACUUCACUGAAGUCCGCUGCCUCAACCGCGAGGUCCGUGUGGUGCUGGAGGGCGUGGACGGCAAGUUCAGCAACCUUGUGGGCACGCUGCACUACCCUUCAGGGGACUCCGUUGUCAACCUCUCCCUCGAGCUCGUCCAGAACGGCCUGGCUAAGGUGGUGGAAUGGAGUGCCAACAUGCUGGAGGCGAGCGCCAAGGGUGCUCUGAAAUCCGCGGAGCUGGAGUCGAAGAAGCAACGCCUGCGCAUGUGGACCAACUUCGUGCCGCCCCAGUCCAACUCCAUCGCCUUCCGUGAUAACUUCACUGGCAAGGUGGUGGAGGUGGUGAGUGGCGACUGCAUUGUGGUGGCAGACGACGCUGCAGCGGAAGGCACACCCCAGGCGGAGCGGAGGGUCAACCUGUCCAGCAUCCGCGCCAAGAAGAUGGGCAACCCCCGCAGGGAUGAGAAGCCGGAGCCUUAUGCCAGAGAGGCCAAGGAGUUCCUGCGCUCCCGCCUCAUUGGCCAGCCGGUGGCGGUCCAAAUGGAGUACACGCGCAAGAUGCCCCCCAUGGAGGCUGGAGGCCCUGAGGGUCGCAACAUGGAGUUUGGCUCUGCCUUCCUGCUCACAGGCAAGACAGACACACCUGCUCCUGCCGCCCCUGCCACCACCGCAUCUGGUGACGCCGCUCCUGCCGUGCCUGCUGGAGGCGUGAAUGUAGCGGAGAUGCUUGUAACGAGGGGCCUGGCCACAGUGGUGCGGCACCGUGACUUUGAGGAGCGGUCGUCGCAGUACGACGCGCUGCUGGCUGCAGAGGCCAAGGCAGUGAAGCAGAAGAAGAACAUCCACUCCAACAAGGACGCCCCUGCCACUCACAUCAACGACCUGUCUCUGCAUGGCAUGGCGAACAAGGCGCGGGGCUUCCUGCCCUUCCUGCAGCGCGGAAAGCGCAUGGCCGCAGUGGUGGACUACGUGCUCUCGGGCCACCGCUUCAAGCUCAUCAUCCCCCGCGAAAGCUGCGCCAUCGCCUUUGCGUUGUCGGGCGUGCGGUGCCCGGGAAAGGGCGAGCCGUUCUCAGAGCACGCGAUUGCGUUCAUGAGGCGACGGAUCAUGCAGCACGAAGUGGAGAUCGAGGUCGAGACGGUGGACAAGACUGGCACGUUCAUCGGGUCUCUCUGGGCGGACCGCACGAAUGCGGGCGCGCUGCUGCUGCAGGCAGGUCUGGCGAAGCUGCAUCCGUCGUUCACGCCUGAUCGCACUGCCGAGGGCCACCUGCUCAUUUCUGCCGAGACUCAGGCGAAGAACGCCCGUAUCAAGGUGUGGGAAGGGUACGUGGAGGGCCAAGACGCCGCAAACGCUGCUGCCUCAGAGGCCUCUCUGCUGCAAGCCCACGGCAAGCAGGAGCUGGUGCAUGUUCAAGUGACAGAGGUGCUCGGAGGGGGGCUGUUCUACGUGGUGGAAACCACCUCGGGCCUGCUGCCCCGCCUGGAGGGGGCGAUCAAGGAGCUCCAGCUGAGUGACGCCAAGACGCCGGCUCCUGGGACGUUCGCCCCCAAGAAGGGCGAGUUUGUGUUCGCCCAGUUUUCUGCUGACGACAGCUGGGCUCGUGCCAUGGUGGUUGCUGCCCCAGCUGAUCCUACCCCAGCUCGCACCUCUGAAUACACCGUUUUCUACAUCGACUACGGCAACCAGGAGACGCUGCCCUUCUCCCGCCUGCGCCCCUUGGACCAGCCGUCAGUGGCGCCCUCCUCCUUCCCCCGCGGCAAGGCGGAGGGGCUGGGGUUGGCGCAGCUGUGCCGCCUGGCGCACGUGAAGGUGCCGCUCCUGGAGGAGGACUUCGGGCAGGAGGCCGCAGAGGAGGUGCAGGGGCUCACGGGCGGCAAGACGCUGCUGGCUCGGGUGGAGGAGAGGGAUGCAAGUGCGGGGACGAAAGUGAAGGGGCAGGGGAGUGGGGUCUGCUGGGUGGUCACGCUGGUGGAUAGCGAGACGUCGACCAGCGUGAAUGCGGCUCUGCUGCAGGCUGGUUUGGCUCGGCUCGAGAGGCGCAGGGGAGGGGUGCGGAACCCAGCCCUGGCAGCAGUGCUGGAGGGGCUGAAGGAGAGGCAGGAGAUGGCCCGUCAAUCACGCCUGCACAUCUGGCAGUAUGGUGAUGUGGACUCGGAUGAGGAAGAUGACAGGGGUCGCCGACCAGGCCCUCCUGGUGGGCGCAAGUGAGGAAGUGAUUGAAGGAUGUAUUUACUUCGAUUUAUAUCCCAUUGGAGAUGAGGUAUUGGGAGGUUAUGAUGCACUAUGCAAGUUGUCGUCAACCCUACUGUGAUGGUGCUUAGGUUGGGCUGAAGUCAAACCAAGCGGAUAUCUUAUUUCGGUGAGCAGCGAUUUCUUUUCUAAGGCACCUUGCUUGCAUAGGCCACCUUGGUUAACUAAUUCUAGUGGAAUUAAUGUUAAGUUUGACAUAUAUCAUUAAGCUGGGAAGUAUGUCUUUCAACCGAGCUUCAACUGUGUCCUUAUCAG